AUGGUUGCGGUCCUGCUCGUUGUUCUCAGCUCGUGCUCGGCCACCAGCGCGGCGUCCACUUGCACUCUUCAGACAGUCAACGGCCAACUGGAUCGCAUAGCCACGUCCUGCGACAUCAGCGCAGAUCACACUUUCCCACGCAGCGUCACGAUCGCAGACGACGUUGUCGUGACCAUGCGCCCCAACGGCUGCACGUACCCGCGAGCCACCGUCAACGGUGACCUCACCCUGUCAGAGUACGCCACCAUUGAGGCAGAGCCGCUCCCACGGUUCUGCACAACCGCGGCGACUUCCGCCUCACAAGGGCAGGCGGCGCCCGGUGGCUCGUUCUGGUCCAGCGGCGGCCACUCCAGCACGCUCCAGGCACCCAUCGCUCCGCAGGACACCAUCCAACUCAAGGGCGGUGUUGCUGGUGGCGAGGACGCCAAUGGCCUCGGCGCAGGCCUGGGCGGCGGCGUGGUGGAUCUCCAGGUCAUGGGAACCUUCACCCUCGAUGGCCACGUGCGAGCCAACGGCCAGCAGGCCUCCACCGACGGUGCAGGUUCGGGCUCCGGUGGUAGCAUCCGCCUCGCCUGCGACACCCUGCAAGGCUCAAGUACAUCGGCCUCCGUGCAGGCCAACGGCGGCAUUGCCUCUGCAAAGGGUGGCGCCGGUGCUGGUGGUGAAGUGUACGUGGAUGCGGCCUCCGUCUCAUUCAACACGGCGUUCAUUCAGACCUUUGGCGGUCUUGGAGCGCCGGAUGAGCUCUUCAACGAGGAACAUAACAUCGGCACGUACACCGCCUCAACACAGCGCAAGGCAAGCAACUACUACGACAAGUACAAUCGCUUGCAGAGCUACUACUACGCUGCUUCCCGCGCCUUCCUCGACGCCACGUACGAAGUCAUCGACAGCUUCCGUUACGCCGGUGGUUGGACGCCAAACUCGGGCGACAGCAACCCCUAUGUGCAAGUCAACCUGCAGGGCACGUACCUUGUAUCUGGCGUCGUCACCCAAGGCAACACGCAAAACAACUACGUGACGCGGCAGUUCCAGGUCAAGUACUCGACCGACUGCUCGCAGUUCACCACCUAUGCGGAGGACGGCGUCGACAUCACGUUCCGGGGCGACUCCGACCCGGACACGCGUGUUGUAAACCGCUUCAAGCCCGUGUUCGCCCGCUGUGUCCGCGUGUACCCGCUUGGUGGCUACAAUGUCGGCCUUCGCAUGGAUGUCCUUGGCUACCCGACGGAGGUUUCCUCGUCUGCAAAGCACCUUCCAGUUCGCCCAACAGCUCUUUUUCGCAACGGGUGCCCAGAGAACCAGCUGCAUCAUGGUUCGCCAAGCGCUACAAUUGCGUUUGAGGCGCCCGUGGCAACAGACAGCUCAGGCGCUGUGGCCCAGACAGCUGAUGCGGUCUGGCCGCAAACAAAGGUGCAAGCACAGACAUCCUCUCCAGCCACGUUCUCCUCUGGCACGCACACCGUCACCUUCAACGCUAAGGACGGGUCGCUCGAUGUUGACACGUGCACCAUGACGGUCAUGGUGGUGGCGACGCAGCUGACUCAAGGCCUUGCCUCCUGCCCGAGCGACAUGACGGUCGAAGCGGACGUAGAUCGCUUGGAUGCGGUUGUGGACUUUUCCGUUCCCGUCGGCGUGCAGUCCUCCAUUGCUCCCAACUCCAAGUUUCAUAUCGGCUCCAAUGUGGUCUACUUUGUUGAUGCAGUUUCUGCCACGUACUGCAGCUUCACCAUCACCGUCACAGAGCCAACACAACGCUCUCGCAGCGGUGGUGCGGGAAUCAUCCAUUUGAAGCAGCAGCAAGUCCUGGCCGUCGAUGCUGGCCAUCGCUUCCGGCCAACGGACUUCACGCCCAGCACAGACUACACUGCCUGGCUCAGCUCCUACGAAGACACUGCGUUUCUGUACAACCCGACGCUGUGGAAUGGCGAGGUGUCCACGUUGAACAUCCGCUCCGGUGCUGUGGUCGUGUUCCAGGGCGCAGCGGCCUCUGUCGCCUUUGACGAUAUCACAGGCUCCUCUGGCUUCUUCCACGUCAUGGAAACGCAGCACGUGACCGUGUCCGGAAACAUCCAUGCCCGCAGCGCCGUUGCCACAGGCGCAACGCUCACACUCUCAUCCAGCCAGAGCGCUGAUGUGGUGGGCGUGCUCGCCAUUGACGGUGCCUUGGAAACGCCGCAGUCGCCAGCGCUCAGCUUCACGGGCGCUGGCACUGCUGUCACACUGGCCGCCUCCUCGCCAACAACGGGCAUCAGCACCAAAGGACUGACACUGACCGACGCGUCAUUCGUCGUGCGCCGCGGUAACCCGGCCUCGGCCUGGUCUGUGAGCUGCACCGGCGCCGGCGACCUGCAGCUGUCGUCGUCGUCCUUCCUGCUCGAUGGCCCCGUGCUCCUGUCCGCCUCUGCCGUGAGUGCCACGUCGUCCAAGCUGCUGUUUGAAGCGCAGGACACCGCUACCGUGACCCACAGUGCCGUGCUCAGCACAGGCGCUGGCUGGCAGCAGCUCAACAUCCACCCCGGUGACACGGUGCAAUGGGUGUGGCAGAAUGAACAGCACAGCAUUGCCGCGGCAGACGGCAGUUUUUCCGCCGGUCUGACGCGAAGCAACGUCCUGCGCCACACCUUUGACACCCCAGGCACAUUCAACUACACAGACGCGGCGUUCCCCUCCGUCGUCUUCAGCGUCGUGGUGAGCGUGCCUUCAUGGGCAGCGGCAUCGGGGUCCGUGGACGUGGCAUCCAUCACGGCCACCUCCUCGUCCACCCUGCGUUUUGGCGCCAUCUCCACGCUCGUCAGCCCUGCCGUGGAGCUCACUGCGUCCACCCUCCACGCCGACGUGUCGGGCGGGACAUCGAUUGACACGUUCCAAGCCACCUCUUCAUCCCAGGCCCUCUUCUACCGCAGGGUGCAGUGGACGGGGCCUGCUUCUGCACUGGCCUCGCUGCUGAGCGUCGCGUCCUCGUCUGUGGUGUACUUUGACUACCGCGGCUACGUCGCCGGCAGCUACACCUCCACGUCCGACAUUGCCGUCAACACGUGGACGGUCGCGUCAGGGUGCUCCAUGUUCCCCGGCAUAAUCCACUUCACCAUGCCCUCCAUGCAGGCGCUCACCAUCAGCGGCGCCAUGGAUCUCCAGCUUGCCACGCCCGGUGACACCCUGCCCGCGCAGGCCGUGACUGUGUCUGGCACCUGCAACAUCAACUACCCUGUCAGCUUCAGCGGCCUCACCUCCCUCGACGUGUCCGGCACGCUCAUCCUCGACAAGGUGGGCCACACCACGGGGACGUGGAACACGCAGGCCAGUUCUGGCAUCGGCGCCACCGUUGAGGACGCCACCGUCUCCGUCAGCGGCACCUUCAACGCGGGCCAGAUUGCAAUUCGCGCCGCCUCCGUCACCGUUGCCGCUGGCGCCGUGCUCACCAUGCGUGCGCACCAGCAGCAGCUGCACGUCGACACGCUGACUGUCAACGGGCAGCUGACGGUGGAGAACCGCGUGAGCAUGCGCGCCCAGACGGGCACUGGCCCACUGACACAGCUCAUGGUGAGCAGCGGUGCAACGCUCUCGCUCGACGACGACGACGAAGGCAACGCAGACGGUUCGUCUGUGCAUGCGGCCGCCGUCACCGUCACGGGCACACUGACUGCUCGCCUGCUUGCUCUGGUGACCGACUCGCUCUCCGUGGCGGCGGGCGCCACGCUGUCCAUGACGGCAAAGGACAACCAGCUCCUCGCCUCGCAGCUCUCUGUGCUCGGCAACUUGUUCGUCAGCAACCAGGCUGCCAUGCGAGCCAGCGACGGCACGUCCGACAUGUCCUCCGUCACCGUGGGCGCCAACGCCAUGUUCAUCCUGGACAAGGCCGUCUACGACGCGGGCAGCACGACGUGGUCUUCCUCGACCGGCUCCCUGCUUGCCGUCAGCGGCGCACUCGCGGUCUCUGGCGACUUCAAGGCGGGCCUGAUCGACAUUUCGACAGACCUGCUCACCGUCAGCGCGGGCGCCACCCUGCACAUGGAGGCAAAGGGCAGCCAGGUGCGUACUGGCUCGCUCGUCGUGAACGGUGCCAUGUACGUCCUGAACCAGGCUGCUUUCACAGCCAAGGAUGGCUCGUCCGACCUCACCUCCGUCACGGUUGGUGACAGCGCGAAGCUGACGCUGGACAAGGCCGUGUACGAUGCGUCCAGCACGUCGUGGUCCUCCACCACGGGUUCCUCGCUGCCCGUGAGCGGUGAGCUGACAGUGCGGGGCGAGUUCAACGCGGGCCUGAUUGCCAUUUCUGCGGGGCCUGUGACCGUCCAUGCGGGCGCCACUCUGCACAUGGAGGCGAAGAACAUGCAGAUGCGCGCCAACUCACUUGCGGUGGAUGGCGCCAUGUACGUCCUGAACCAGGCUGCUUUCACAGCCAAGGAUGGCUCGUCCGAUCUCACCUCCGUCACGGUGAGCGCCGGCGCGAAGCUGACGCUGGACAAGGCCGUGUACGAUGCGUCCAGCACGUCGUGGUCCUCCACCACGGGUUCCUCGCUGCCCGUGAGCGGCGACCUGAAGGUGGUUGGUGUUUUCAACGCUGGGCUUAUCUCCGUGUCGGCCGGUGCCCUCAAGGUCAACAGCAACGGCCAGCUACACAUGGAGGCAAAGGACAACCGCGUGCUGGUGAACUCCCUCUCCGUCGCCGGCACCAUCACCAUCCUCAACCAGGCGGCCUUUAAUGCGAAGGACGGCUCCUCGGACCUCAGCUCCGUCUCCGUUAGCGGCACGCUGACCCUGGACGCGGCCGUGUAUGCCGCAUCCAGCACGUCGUGGUCUUCCACAGCUGGCUCCUCGCUGCCCAUCAGCGGAGCGCUGAGUGUCACGGGCACGUUCAACGCCGGCUUGAUGGCGCUUGAGGCUGGCAGCGUCUCCGUGGACCCGACUGCCACCAUGCAUAUGGAGGCCAAGGACAUUCGCCUGUUGACGGACUCGCUCUCCGUUGCCGGCACCCUCACCGUCCUGAACCAGGUCCAGCUCAACGCCAAGGACGGCUCGUCAGACCUGACGGACGUCACCAUCGCAGGCACGGGCAAGCUGCUCUUUGACGAGGCCACGCGUGCGGCGAGCGGCAACUGGACAGGUACCCCCGGCUCGCUCAUGCCCACGGCCAAGCUGACGGUGUACGGCAUCUUCGACGCGGGCUUGCUCGGCCUGUCCACCGCAGAGCUGUUCAUUGGCGGCGGCGGCGCGUCCCUGACGAUGGAAGCAAAGGGCGCUGCCAUUGCUGCAACCAAGAUCACCGUCAACGGCAAGCUCCUUGUGGACAACCAGGCAGACAUACGUGCAUACGAUGGCAGGUCAUACCUGACGACCGUCACUGUGGGCAACAAUGGCCUGUUUGUGCUUGACAAGGUGUCCCACGACAACACUGUUGCGGGCGCCCAGGCGGGCUCGUCCCUGUACAUUGGCGCGCUCUCCGUCUCCGGUACCUUCAACGCCGGUCGCCUCGAGUUUGUGGGCACGUCCAUCUCCGUGUCUGGCACGAUGACGGUGCUGGCCAAGGCCGCAAGGGUGGAAGUGGACCAGAUCACGGUGAGCGGGACACUCACCAUCGACAACCAGGUGGACCUGCGCGCAAAGGACAGCUUGUCACCCUUGACAGCCGUCACCGUUGCUGCGGGUGGCGUCCUCACUUUGGAUGACAGCGGCCACACCAGCGGCACCUGGUCCUCUCCCACAGGCUCCUUCCUCGACGUAAACACGCUCUCCGUCUCGGGCACGCUGCGGGCCGGCUUGGUUGCGCUGGCGGGGAACGAGCUCACCGUUGAGCAGAGCGGUGCCAUGACCAUGGAGGCCGUCUCGAACGAGGCUCACAUCACCACGGUGACUGUGCGCGGCUCGCUGGACGCGCGGACACAGGUGCGCUUGCAUGCCAGGGAUGGCACCAGCCGCAUGGCAUCGUUCCUCGUCACCCCUUCCGGCGACGUCACGUUUGAUGUGCUCGGCCACGGCACCGCGGGCCACGUGUGGAGCGGUGCUGCAACCUCCCUGGUGCACGCGGCCACCAUCACCGUGCAGGGCAGUUUCGCUGCGGGUCGACUCGAAACCGUCGGCAGCGGCACAGACACGCUCACCGUCACUGGAAGCAUGACCUUUGACCCGCCACAGCCCGGCGCCAUCACCAAGUUUGCCAGCAUGGACGUGUCUGGCAGCCUGAAGGCGCGUCGCCCAGUCAACCUCACCACCACAGACACGCUGACGGUAAGCGGCACGUUGGUGCUUGACGACGACAGCCACACUGCGGGCACUGCCCCCGCCUGGCAGGCCAACCCUCCAUCGGCGCUUGGCGCGCUUGUGAACGACCUCGCGAUCACAGUCUCGGGCACAUUCAAGGCGGGGUACGUUGUGCUCCGCGCUGACUCGCUGAGCAUCACGUCCUCCGGUCUUGUGACCAUGGAUGCCGCGUAUGCCCACGAUGCGUUUGUCAACAGUGUUGUGGUUAGGGGCCACCUGAACGUGCUUCGCCAGGCGCGUUUCCGCAACGUGGACCGCGUCACGCGCAUGACGUCGUUCAAGGUCUUCUCGGGCGGUCAGGCCAUCCUCGAUGUCUUGGGCUACAACACGCCCAACCACGAUUGGAGCGGCACCGCAUCUUCGCUCCUGCAUGCGGAGUCCAUUGAAAUUGGCGGUGUCCUGCAAGCGGGCAGGCUGGAGACAAUCAUGCCUGGCGCGUCCACCCUCGUUGUCUCCGGCAGCAUGGACUUCGAUCCACCGCAGCCGGGCGCCGUGGCCUUGUUCGCCUCCGUCACCGUCUCCGGCACGCUGACCGUGCGUCGCUCCGUGGACCUGCAGACGCUCACGUCCCUCGACGUGACCGGCACCCUCAAGCUGGACGCUGACGGGCACAACAACCCGGGCACGUGGGACCAGUACGACGAGUCUGUCAUCGGCCGCUCCGUCGAGGGCAUCAGCAUCACCAUUGCCAACGGCGCCACCGUCAAUGCCGGGUACCUCUCGCUGCGCGCAGCAAAGCUCACCGUUCGUGGUACCCUCACCUUUGACGCGCACGACUUCAAGGCAUACGUGGACGAAAUGGACGUGUACGGGACGGUGACGGUGCGCCGCCAGGUCCGCAUCCGCAACCAAGAUCGCAGCACCCGUGCCACGUACCUCAGUGUGCACUAUGGUGGUACCAUGACCCUGGAUGAUCUCGGCCAUGCCACGCAGGAUCACGCAUGGACGGGGGUCUCCUCCUCCCUGUUGCACUUUGACGCCAUCACCGUGCACGGCACGCUAAACGCCGGCCGCCUGGAGACGCUGCUUCCAGGCACGGACACGCUCACCGUUGGCAAGACGCAGACGAGCGUCAACCCUCUCCGGUACGCCGCCGGCCUGUUCACGUUCGAUCCCCCCUAUCCCGGUGCGGACGCGCUGUUUGCCGUGAUUAACGUCGACGGCACCGUGCGCGUGCGUCGCCCGGCCUGCUUCAACACCACGGCGCAGCUGAGCGUCUCUGGAGACAUGACCAUUGACCUCGACGGCCACGCGCUCUCGCCGGGCGCCUGGGACGCGUACACCCCGUCUCGCAUUGGCCACGUCCUGGACAACGUGCAGAUCAUCGUCAGCGGCACGCUCAAGGCCGGGUACAUGCGCUUCCGCUCGCAGCUGUUCAAGGUUGACGGCGGCUACGUCACGUUUGACGCAGCCAACAAGUACUGGCGCGCGGACGUGGUGAACAUUGACGGGCGGGUGGAGGUGUUGCGCACCGUCAACUUGCGCAGCCAGCAUGACAUGGGCCGCGUCCAAAGCAUCACCAUUCAUCCCAACAGCUUUCUCAUCUUCGAUGACCUUGGGCACGACACACCAAGUCACGACUGGUCGGACGCAGAGGGCUCAUCCUACUGCGUUGAAACGCUCACCGUGGCCGGUACCUUCUCCGCUGGUCAGGUCUCCAUCGUGUACGAGACAGUGCCCGCCGCAACCAUCUCCGGCACGUACACGCUGGACCCAGCGUUCCCUGGGCAGAAACACAUGUACAGCAACCUGAUGGUCAGCGGCCUCAUGAAGGCGCGUCGGCCCAUCAACCUCAACGCCACAGAGUUCCUGGAGGUGACUGGCACCCUUACUUUGGACGAGGACGGCCACGCCGCGUCGCCGCGCGCGUGGUACGCGUAUGAGCCGUCCCGCAUUGGCACGACCGUCGACAAUGUGUACAUCCGCAUCAAGGACGGUACCUUCAACGCGGGCCUGUUUGAGCUUCGCGCCAACCUGGUGGAGCUGCUCCCGCUGCCGUGGACGUCGGGCUCAAGCUCUGGCGUGCAUCGCAGGUCCAAGCUCACCUUUGACGCGUUUGAGCACCUCGCCCGUGUUGACCAAUGGAACAUCACCGGCACCGUCGAGGCGUGGCGCCACGUCAACAUGCGCAGCCAAAACGCGGGGGUCAUGAUCGGCCUCACCGUUGACGUCGGCAGCACCUUGAACCUGGACCAGGUCACCCGCCAAGCCGGCGCAACCUUCACGGGCGAGUCGUCCAUGGCCAUCAACGACUUCUACGUCAAAGGCACGUACCGCGCCGGUAAGAUGGCCGUGGCCAACCCCGUCCAGCCGUGGUGGACCCACAUGUACGUGUCUGGCUACUUCGAGUUUCUCCCGAGUCGCCUGUACGACAUCAACACGUGUCGCAUCGCCAACAACGGCCGCGUCCACGCACUGGAGCCGCUCGGCCGCGCGUCAGAGUGGACCGCGGAUUGGAUCGUCGUGGAGAGCGGGGGCGAGAUGGACCUGGCGUUUGACAACCCGUCCAUCACGUCCGAUGGCGCGUCCGGCACCGGCCACUCGUAUGUCAACUCCACUCUCCUCAACGUCGCCGGUGUGCUCAAGGCAGGCUCCCUCUCCCUGUGGCUUGGCGAGUUUGUCGUUUCCGGCAUGGUAACGGUGGACGGCCAGGGUCACUUUGCAACCUACGGCCCUGCUGCGGGCAUUGCAGCGAGCGGUGCCGGAACUGGCGGUAGCAACGCCGGCCGCGGUGGCCGCACCCCAUACACGACCGCAGCAGCUCCCGUGGGCACCAUCUACUACCGAUACGCCGCCAGCACCCCGCCCGUGGAGAACCAGAUGCCAUCCGUCUGGGGCUCUGGCGGUGGUCUGUCAGGCAGCGGUGCGCGCGGUGGCGGCUACAUUCAGGCGCACGUGUACGGGCCCUCGGGCACGCACAUCACCGGUACUGUUCGCGCCAACGCAGACAGCGCUGGUGGCAGCGGUGGCGGCGGUGCGGGCGGCAACAUCUACCUCCUCACCACCUCGCUCACGGGUUCGGGUCGCAUGCAAGUCAUCGGUGGCAACGGCGCCGGCAACGGCGGUGGUGGCAGCGGUGGCUUCAUCAUCGCCCACUAUGCCAGCGGCAAGUGGUACAGCGACCAGACAGACGUCCAGGGUGGCACGGGCUGGGAAAACGGCGGUUCGGGCCUGGCGUACCUGGUUGGGCCCAACAACUUCCGCAACCUCCGCGCCGACAACCGCGGUCGCUCGUCGCGCAUGCAGACGGAUGCAGACCACGCAUCUGUGCGGCAGGCAGGCGCUGCGGCGUUCCUGCUCCCAGAGACGGAGACAUUCAACUUUGAGUUUGAGUACGUGGAGGUGUAUGGUGCGGCUCAUCUCGUGUUCCAGCACCCAACAGACGACAACUCGCACGCGCGCAUCACCGCCACGGAGGUGGUUGGCGACCGCACGGGCUACCUGCACAUCCUGCCCAACCAGACGCUGGACAUCACCUCCGUCGAGCCGUGGAAGCGCUACAACAUCUCCUUCAUGCCCCAGGUCUACGAACACGCGGACCUGAUUUUGCCCCAGCGCACGGUGGAGUGGCGCUGCCAGAACUCACCGGCCUACCCCAGCCUGUCCAUCCCCUGCACGAUUCGCACGUGGGGGUUCACCAACAUGCACCGUGCCCACCUGCUCGUCUCGCACGGCGCAACGUGGCAGUGGCAGCUUACCUCUGUUCGCGACCUCACCUGCGUCGGCAUGACGGUGCAGGACACGGGCACCGUUGAUUUCUUGAGCGCCGUCGCAGACGAGGCAGACGUGUACACCCUCACAGUGGUGGAGGACGCGCAGAACGAGGGCGAGCGCUACGGCAGGCUGCACGUGGAAGGCGGCGGCCAGGUUCUCGCACACAACCUCAUUGUCAACGCUGUUCAAGUGCAGGUGGAUGACGAAGGCAGCAUCAGCGCCAACGGCCGCGGCUUCAACGCAGCAGACAAUGGACCGGGCACCCCGACUUGCUCCAACUGCGGUGCUGCCCAUGGCGGCCGCGGCGGCCUCUCCGGUGCCACGGGCGCCACGUCCACAGCUCCCGUGUACGGCAACCUCACCCACCCGAGGUCGUUUGGCAGCAGCGGCAGCUCGAGCCGCGGUGGUGGUCUUCUGGAGUUUGUCGUGUCGGAUCGCCUGUGGUUGGAGGGCACCAUCUCCUCCAACGCGGGCGGCUCCCUCGCCUCCGGCGGCAGCGUCAUCGUGGACGUCAACUACUUUGAGGGUUUUGGGCACAUUCAAGUGCACGGUGGCAGCGGUGGCGCGUAUGGUGCUGGUGCUGGCGGUCGCAUUGCCGUCCACUACAAGCGCAUCCACCUCUUCCAGGGCAAGUUUGAGGCGUACGGUGGCACAUCAGAUGCCGCAACUCGCAAUGGCGGCGCAGGCACAGUGUACCUGAACGACGCCAGCUUUGGUGUUGUCAACCGCACGCUGAUUGUUGACGCUGGUAACCGCGACCAGGGCGGUCUGGACAUGGUGCCAGACUUUGACGACAUCUCCAGCGACAGCGGGCGCACGUGGCUCCCUGCGCUCACGGCUGCAAAGUACGACUUUGAGAUUGUGCGCAUCCUCAACAAGGGCGAGCUCGCCAUGAUGCCGGAGAUGAAGCAGCCGUACGGCCUGCACGUGGACCGCUUCGAGGGCGACCGCACAGGCGUGUUGCACACUGGCGAGCAGCAGCUCAUGGUGGGUCAGUUCUCCGAGCUGGGUGAAGUGCGUGUGAACCAGUACGCCUACCGCUACGGUCACCUGGAGCUUCCAAAGAAGUUUGAGUGCUUUGGCAUCACCAUCCGGCUUCUCGGCUUCCUUGGCGGCGUGGAGGACCUCACUGUUGGUCGCGGCUGCGUCCUGGAGUUGAGCAAGUUUGGUGCCACAGAGGGCCAGAACCCAUCCGUGUACUCCUUCAACAGCCUCACCGUGCUCUCAGGUGGCGAGGUGCGACAGUACGACAACGACCCGGACGCCUGGAUCACCCUGCAAGCCAACGUGCUUGAUGUCCGCGGGGGUGGGCACGUGCAUGCCCCUCGCCUCUAUGUGGACGCCGGCAAUGUCACCGUGCGUGAUGGCGGCGUGCUCAGCGCGGACACGUACACAGGCACGGAGUGCGAUGCCAUCCACGAAGGCUCGUCAGGCGCUGGCGCAGGCCACGGCGGAACCGGUGGCGCCUCAACCGUGACGACGCGGGUCGGCUCUCCUCGUGGUCACCUGUUUGAGCCCGAGCACACGGGCUGCGUUGGUGGCGGGAGCGGCGCUGGCCUCGGUGGUGGCAUCCUCAAAUUCAACGUCACCGGCCGCCUGCGAGUCGACGGUGUCGUGCACGCCAACGCAGCUGACGGCAGCGGCGGAGGUGGCGGCGGCAGCGGCGGGUCCAUCUGGCUGCAGGUGUACCACAUCACCGGCUAUGGUCUGGUUCAGACGCUCGGUGGCAAAGGCGGUGCCAGUGGCGGUGGCGGCGGCAGCGGUGGGCGCAUUGCGCUCUACUUCACCCGCAACGAAACGUUCAUUGGCAGCUUCCAGGCCUUUGGCGGUGAAGCGCAGCACACCAACGCCCAGUCUGGUGGCGCGGGCACCGUCUUUGCCUAUCACGACCACCACAAGCACCGCACGCUCAUCAUCGACAACAACCACAUUGCCCGCCAACCGGCACCCAAGUCGCGCAUCCCAAGCUUCACCGACAUCACCACCGACGGCGGCCGCUCCUGGAUCACGCCGUCCGCACGCGACCACUCGCUGGCCGAGGACAACGGGUACCUGUUUGAGGAGCUGCAGGUCAUGGGCGGCGCGCACUUUGCCGUGCUCACCGACCCGCCAGAGCAGCUGCUCUCCGUGUACUUUGAGAACAUGAUUGGUGACCGCAGCGGCACAUUCCAUGUUGGGCCAAACCAAGAGCUAGACCUGGAGCGUCUGUACGUGGACCUCCCAUUCCACACGCGUGUGUAUCCGUCUGGCUUCCUUGGCUUGGCCAACGUGACUGAUGUACACGGCGUGUCCUUCUUCCUGGAGGGCGUGAUCGGACGCGUCAAGAACCUCACGCUGCACCACGGCGGCGAAAUGCACAUGUAUGAUGGCUCUCGCACCAACCACACGGGCCGCAACCACUACGACUUUGACUACGUGCUGGUGGAGGACUCUGGCCUCGUGCUCAUGGACACGGACCCCGUCACGGAGGCAGACAUGACCAUCUCCAGCAUCGCCACGGAGGUUGAGGGCGGAGGCACCAUUCACGGCACACACAUCACCUUCAUUGCCGCCAACCUCACCAUCCAGGACGGCGGCGUGGUCACGGCGUCCCAUCGCGGCUACCGCACGUCCGAUGGCUCCGGCACCAACGGUGUGAACGGACCCGUCAACCCUGGUAUCGGCAUCGGCAGUAACUUUGGUGCGUCUGGCGCUGGCCACGGCGGUACUGGCGGCCGAGGCAAUGGUGCGACCAUCUGGAUGAACAUCACCGAACACGUGCUGAUUGACGGCGAAGUCUCCGCUGAUGGCGAGGACGCACCCUACGCCCGCUCCGGUGGCGGCAGUGGCGGCUCCAUCUGGCUGCACUGCCACACGCUCUCCGGCUUUGGCAACAUCACAGCGCGUGGCGGCAACGGUGGCCUUGACCUGGACUAUGCGGGCGGUGGCGGCUCUGGUGGCCGCAUUGCCCUGUACUUUGUCAACAACAGGACGGCCUCCGACUUUGACUUCCACGUGUAUGGUGGCAUUGGUUACGAGCCCGGUGCAGCCGGCACAGCGUUCAUCUGGCACCUCGUCUACGAGCACAAGACGCUGCUUGUGGACAACAACGGCCAGUCCCCGCUCGGCCGCCGCAACCACCUGCACCGCACCGUCUCCGCCGUCAAGUACGAGGACACCAACGGGCGCGUGUGGGACUACACGGAGGACGACCUGCGCCAGGCCGGUGGCCGCACCAUGCUCCUGGCCAACCACGGUGACCACGAGUUUGCGCUUGGCAACAACUCGUUCCACUUUGACGAGCUGCAGAUGUAUGGCGCGGGCCAUCUGGUCGUGUUCACGCCCGGCGAGAACGCGUCGCUGUACUUCACCGCCAUGAUUGGCGACCGCACUGGCGUCGUGCACUUGCACGGCACGCAGGAAAUGGAUCUGGAGCGCAAGGAAAUCGACCUGCCGUUCUCCCUGUGGGCGUACGAGGACUCGCGCACGGUGCUGGCGCCGGCAACGGAGGUGUUUGGCGUCUUCAUCCAGAUGGCAGGCAACCUCGUCGGCGUGGACAACAUGACCAUUCACCACAACGGCCGCUUCCACUGUAACCACGGCGGGCACACUGAUGGCGAGCCCGCGUCCAACUUCCACUUCUACAACCUCUUUGUCGAGGACAAGGGCCUGUUUGAGAUGGAGACGCACCCGGUGCGUGACCCCGGCAUCAACGUUACCGGCUACGAGUUCAUCAAGGUUGAGGGCGGCGGUCGCAUGCACGGUACCUUCGUGCACGUGUUUGCACCACGCAUGCAGAUUGACCAGGGCGGCGCGCUUGCUGCCGAUGGCAUGGGCUAUCACGUGCGUGAUGGCGUCAACGUGGUCGGCUUGCACGGCAUCGUCAACGAAGGACGCGGCAAGGACUCCAGCACGGGUGCGUCUGGCGCCGGUCACGGUGGCACUGGCGGCAAGGGUUUCGGGCAGAGCAAGACUGGUUUCGCCAUCGGCGACGUGUAUGAGCCUUACGUGCUUGGCAGCGCUGGUGGCACGGGUAAGACCAUUGACGACGAGCAUGGCAGCCGUGGCGGCGGCCUGAUCUGGGUUAAUGUCACUGAGGACCUGCUUUUGGACGGCGUCAUCUCCGCCAACGGCGUUGAGGGCCAGAAGGACUCGAGCGGCGGCGGUGCCGGCGGCUCUGUCUGGGUGCACGCCGAUUACAUCCACGGCUACGGCGCCAUUUAUGCCCGUGGUGGCGAUGGUCAUCGCCACGCUGAGCACCCUGGCGGCGGCGGCGCGGGCGGCCGCGUUGCGCUGUACUUCUAUCGCAACCGCACGUCCACAGGCUUCCACUUCAGUACGUGUGGUGGCCGCAGCGCCCACGAGGUUGGCGGCCCUGGGACGGCGUUUGCAUGGUCGCACGUGCAUGAGCACCGUACCCUGAUCAUUGACAACUGCGGCGGCGAGCCCAUCUGGCGCAAGAACUACCUGCAUCGUUACGUGAACGCCAUUGAGCUGACAGCUGCUGAUGGCAAGGAGUACACGUACAACGACCUCUCUGAGGACGGUGGUCGGGCGUGGAUUCUGCCCGUUUCUGGCACGCACCGGUUUGCGGGAUACAACUACCGCUUCCACUUUGAGGAGCUGCAGGUGCACGGCAACGGUCAUCUGGCCUUCCUCUCGGACCCGCCAUACACGCGCGACGUGGACAUCUACACGCGUUUCAUGAUCGGCGACCGCACGGGCACCGUGCACGUUGGCGGCAACCAGACCAUGGACCUAGAGCGGCUUGAGAUUGAUGUCCCAUUCAACAUCUGGGCGUACAACAACUCCCACGUGGGCCUUGGCCACUUCACGGACGUGCACGGCGUGUUCAUCCAGAUGUCUGGCCGCCUGUCGCACGUGCGCAACAUGACCAUCCACCGCUUUGGCGACUUCUGGGCCAACGAGGGCGGCCGCACGACGGGGCAGGCGCGCAGCCACUUCAAGUUCGACUACCUCCGCGUCGCCGACCAGGGCCAGUUCCACAUGGAGACAGACCCCGUCGACGACCUCGGCAUCACCAUCGAGACCAUCGGCACCUACAUUGAGGGCGGCGCGGAGAUGCGCGGUUCAAAGGUGACGUUCCUCGGGCAGGACCUCAUCAUCGACGAUGGCGGUCACAUGAACGCCGAUGGGCUUGGCCACCACGUGCGCCACGGCACCGGCUACUCCCUGCACGGCGUCAUCAACGCCGGUGCGGGCAUUGCCAGCGCGAAUGGCGCCUCUGGCGCGGGCCACGGCGGCUCUGCUGGCUCGGGCUAUGGUCAGUCGCGCGUUGGACAGCCGUACGGCGACUUUUACGAGCCAGGCCUCUUUGGGUCUGCUGGCGGUAGUGGGGAGAUGGACGACACGGCCCACGGCGGCCGUGGAGGCGGUGUGCUCUGGUUCAACGUCACCAAUAUGAUUCAGCUGGAUGGUGUCAUCUCUGCUUCUGGCGCAGACGCCGAAGUCAAGUUCAGCGGCGGCGGCAGCGGCGGCUCCAUCUGGCUGCACUGCAACACCUUCAAGGGCACGGGCAACAUCACCUCGCAUGGCGGUGCAGGCUACUUCCACGUGGACGAUGCGUACCUCCACCCAAUCAUUCCCAACAAGAGCGGUGGCGGCGGUGCCGGCGGGCGCGUUGCCGUGUACUUUGUGAACAACGCCACGUACACGGGCCGCAUGUUCGCUGCCGGCGGAGCGGGUCUCCUUGAAGCGGGUGGCCCCGGCACCGUGUUUGUCUAUCACAUGGUCUACACACACCGCACGCUCAUCAUUGACAACGACGGCCAGUCGCCCCUCAAGAGGCGUAUUGAGAACUACGAGGACCUCUCUGAGGACGGUGGUCGCGCGUGGAUCUUGUCCGAGUCUGGCACGCACCGCUUUGCUGGCGGGCAGCACAUGUUCCACUUUGAGGAACUGCAAAUUCGUGGCUACGCACACCUUGCUGUUGUCACUGAGCCCGUGUACACGGAUGUGGAGUUGUUCUACCGCCACAUGAUUGGCGACCGCACUGGCGUGAUCCACCUUGGCCGCAACCAGUCCAUGGACCUGCAACGAAGCUAUAUUGAUGCGCCAUUCAGCACCUACGUGUACGAAGGCGGAUACUAUGGCCUGGCGCACGAUACGGACAUGGACGGCGUGUUUGUGGUCUGCGAGGGCCGCAUUGACCACAUCCAGAACCUCACCCUCAUCCACGGCGCUGCGCUGUACAUGAACCUGACCGGCGCGUCGCAGGGCUUACCAGACAUGUCAUUCACCUUCAACGGCACCGUCCGUGUGAAGGACGACUCGAAGAUCUCUGCUCUGCAGCCGCUUGCACACCCGGAGCCCUUCAAGGUAACGGCUGCUGGGUUGGUCGUGGAGGGUGGCGGUCUGGUCGACACAACCUUCAUGCAGUUCUACCUCGACUAUUUCACCAUUGACGACGGUGGCGUUGUCAACGCCUCUGGCCGCGGCUACUCUGCCAUGCAGGGUCCGGGCCACGGUUUCGCCAACCUGCGUGGCCACUCUGGUGCUGGCUACGGUGGUCGUGGUGGCCGUGGAGCUGGACGUGACGGCAACGAUCUGUGGCUCCUCCCUAACGGCGAGCCCUAUGGCGACAUUUACAACGCCACGCUCUAUGGCUCUGGCGGUGGCGGUGAACAGGGCGGUGCUGGCGGUGGGCGUCUUGAGUUCCACGUGUCCGGCAUCUCGCACAUUGACGGCGACAUCCUCGCAGACAGCUACAACGUCAUCGACUUCACGCGCGUUGUCGUUGAGCACGAAGAUGUCGUGCUGUGGGACCACCCCGUCAAGACCAUGGAGACAUACAGCUAUGGUGGCGGUUACAUGCCCGCCCUGCGCGAGUACUGGUACCCAUCUUGGUCCGGCACGACCGUAUUCCGGUAUGACGACGAAUACACCCGGAUCGGCUCCUUCAACGCCGGUGCGGACGACAUCAUGCAGGUGACGGGUGACCGCGACGACUUCUACUACCUGGCCCGUUGGAGUCGCCGCGUUGUGGAGAAGCGUGGGCCCUUCCCAAACACGGACAGGCAGUGGUCGGCCAACCUGGGCUGCACGGUGGGUGGCGUUGCAGUCGACUUUGACUACGUCUACGCCAUGUGCUACUACGGCAACAAGGUGUACCGCUUGUCCCGCGACACGGGCGCGAUCCUGGGCUCGCCCAUCGAGCUCAAGGGUGGCCGUCACGACUUUGACAGCGCCCCGCUGUAUGGCGGCUUGCACGUGGUUGAGAACAAGAUCUACGACGUGCGCUCGUCCGGCCUCUACCGGUACGAGCUUGACACGGGCGAGUUUGACCACAUCUUCAAGGAGCUGGACAUUUCGGGCGUGCGCAGCACCGCCUUCAAUGGCAGGGACAUCUGCGUGUCCAGCGGUAACGACAACGUGUACUGCUACACGGUGCUCUCCGACAACAUUUGGCAGCGUCUCGGCGUGCGCGACGGUGCUGGCGGCGGUUCUGGCGGCUCCAUCCUCUUCCGCACGGGCGCGUUCGUCGGUGGGCACACGGGCGACAUCUCUGUGCAAGGUGGCGCUGGUGAUCUCCCGCGCGGCGGCGGUGGUGGCAGUGGUGGCCGAAUCACCAUCUACCACAACUCUUCCGAGGCGCUGCACACGUUCUACUACGGAAAGUACGACGUGCACGGCGGCUAUGGUGCGGACCUUGCAGAGCCCGGUGCUUCUGGUACCGUGUACAUUGAGCACACCACGACGGGCGAGAACACCCUGCGUCUGGACAACACGGACGAGGCCGGUGACCCGCAGUACGCGCUGACAGACGCCAUUCCAAACCGCGGCUCACGGAUCGACCUGGAUGGUGGCGCCACAAGCAGCAACACCGUGUACGAGGCACAGGGUGUCGUGGUGACGUCGUCCCACGCCACCUACAGCAACCGUUACAUUGCCAACCUCUUCACGCACACGUACUCGCUGGAGUACCACGAUUACUUUGCCGUGGAUCGUGGCACCUCGACGCUGACGAUGGAUCUGCGUGCGACCAAGUUUGUGUCUUACAUCCGCGUGUUCCCGCACUGCCAGUACCGCACAGACUUCAAGGUGGAGACGCACCUGACCGGCGAGUCGCAGAACGUGGAUGUCACGAGCAACUACGUGGAGAUGCGCCACACGUGCGUGACUGGUGCCUACGUCGAGCUUCCCGUGCUGCGCGAGGUGUCGGAGAUCGUCUUUCGCCUCAGGCGCCGCGAUGCUCUCAUUGCGCUCAGCGCUAUUGAAGUCUACACGGAUGCUCGCGGACCCGGGGACCGCUACAAGCACCUGUCGCUGGACUCUGCCAAGACGUGGCUCAUGUCUGCCGACACGACCAAGUUCCACAACUUUACCAAGCUGGAGCUCUUUGGCGGUGCUCAGCUGGCCUUGCAUCCCGAUCCGCAGUCGCGCCAGCAGCACAUCACCUUCGACAACGCGUAUGGCGACCGCACUGGUUGGCUGCACGUUGGCCCGAACCAGGACAUUGACGUGGUGUAUGCCAGCGCCGACAUCCCCUUCAACACGCGCGUGUACGAGGGUGGCAUGAUGACGUUCCCACGGCGUGCCUUCUUCACCGGUGUGCAGCUGCACGUGAGCGGUGAAGUGUACGGGCUGACCGAGGCAUACGUGCACACGGACGGCUUUGUGCGUGUGGACACCAACGGCUCCAUCGCCACGGGCACGCCAGGCAGCGCAUUGCUGGAAGACCUGACCAUCAUGGCUGAUGGCACGCUGGAGCUGUUUGCGCACGAGGUUGGUCACGAAGGCUUCAUGCUCAACGCCACCAACUUCACCGUGUUUGGCGAGGGCCACCUCAUCUCCAACACGCGCCUGCGCUUCUUCUCCGAUGAUGUGGAGAUUGGCUCUGGCGGCAACAUCAACCUGAACGAUGGCGGCUACCAGUCACGCGAGCCCUACGGCGACUUGUACCGGCCAUUGGAGUACGGCAGCAACGGCGGUAAAGGUGAUGAUUACGGGAGCCUGGUGUUUGGCGACUACAUCACGGGGCAGACAUUCCGCGGCGCCAACAUGGUUUCGCGUGUGGGUCUUGGCGGCCACGGCGGCGGUGCGCUGGAGCUGUACACGGACAAGCUGCGCAUUGAUGGCAACGUGUUCGUCAACGGUCAGACCCCCGACGCGCCCUACGCUGGCGGUGGAUCUGGUGGUAGCGUCUUCAUCACAUGCAACGACUUGCACGGGCAUGGCCUGAUUGAAGCCAACGGCGGCGAUGGUCAAGAUGAUGGCGGUGGUGCCGGUUCUGGUGGUCGGAUCGCCAUCUACCAUAGCAUGUUCGACGACCUGCACAACUGGAACGGCACCAUCACUGCGUAUGGCGGGAAGAGCCCCAUUGAACACGGCGCCGCCGGUACGGUGUUCCUCUCCGGCAGCAACGGCACCCACACACACCGCAUCUUGCGCGUGGACAACGGGGACCGCCACCUGCCGUGGGCCGUGAACCGCAACCUCGGCCGGCUCACCACCAUCAAGGACGGCAACUUCGGUGAUAUCCGCGAUGUUGGCUGUGUCACCUGGCUCCACCCUGAUUCUGGUGACACAAGCUACAUGUUUGAACAGCUGGACAUUCGCGGCAACGCGCACCUUGCCAUCCUGCCUGGGGUGUACGGCACUGCUCAUCCCUUGCACACAGUGGACGCGGUGGAGGUGGCGGGCGACCGCACAGGCCGCAUGCACAUUGCACGCAACCAGACUGUGAGCUUCGACUCGAGCGACAUCUACUUCCCCAUCAACGCGUACCUGUACGAGGGAGGCUGGUUGAACAUGAUUCCUCACGGGCGCAUCAACCUGCGUGAGGUCUUCAUCGAGGUGAACGGCACGUUUGCACGCAGCAAUGACAUCACCCUGGACAAGGAUGGCUGGCUGCGCAUCACCAGCCGUGGCUCCAGCCCCGGUCUCAGCAAGGGCGCCUACAUCAUCUCGGAUCUGACCAUCAAGCCGCACGGCACGUUGUACCCUGUCACGCACAUUGACUACGACACGCCUGCCAACUCUGUGGUCAUCUCACUGAACGUAUCAAGGCUGAACAUCCGUGCUGGCGGUUACAUUUCCACCAACUGGAUGGACUUUACUGCCGACGACGUUGUCAUCGACAAGUACGGCCACAUCAGCGCAGACUCUGGUGGCUAUGAGCUUGGGUCUGGCCUGUCACCUGGCCUGAGGCAGGUGUCCGGCUCCAACGGCGCCUACGCCUCAGGCGGUGCUCACGGUGGCCGCGGUGGCCUUGCCCGCUACCGUGUCGACUCGCCUCCUGCGUACGGUUCGACGCUUCGCCCCACCACAUUCGGUUCUGGUGGUGGCCGGGGCACGAGCUCAAACCGUGGUGGCGGGCGCGGCGGCGGUAUUCUCUGGCUCAACGUCACGGGCGCCCUGCGUGUAGAUGGCAGCAUCCAUGCCAACGGCGGCGAAGCAAUUGUAACUGGCAGCGGUGGCGGUGCUGGCGGCUCGAUUUGGAUCGAGACCGAGGAGCUGCAGGGCGAUGGCGAGAUUGCUGUCAACGGCGGCAACGGCAAGAGCGGCUCUGGCGGCGGUGCCGGCGGCCGCUUGGCCAUUUACUACGCCAACGAGCACAACUCCACGCAGCACACGGCACACUUCACCGGUGAGCUGCAAGCGUUUGGUGGUCUUGGCUACGGUACCGCUGUGCGCGGCGGUGCGGGUACCGUCUACGUGCAUAACGCCACCGUGCCAGACGACCCGUACAACAUCCUGUACGUGGACAACAACGCCGACUUUGUGCCAUCACCACGCCUGGCGGAGGUACAGAAGCUCGACAUGUCUGCGGGGCAGCAUACGACGUCCAACGUGUACAACUCUCCAAUGGGCGUUGAAGUGCGAACCAACGUUGCCGGUACAUCGUAUCAUGACACCUGGCGCCUGGUGGAUGGCAGCCUGACCAGCUGGUUCGGCACGUCAUCGGGCAGCCGCGUGCAGGUUGACUUUUACAUGCCGCAGGAGAUUUACCUCGACCACGCGCUCAUCUACCCGCGCUGCGACAACGCGUACGCUGUGCGCUACUGGGUGUCCGUGUACAACGGGCAGCAGGAGACGCAGCUGGUUGACUCGCCCGUUGACACCCGCAACUGCCUGCACGGUGUUGUUCGCCCCAUUGUGAUUGACGCGAUGACGACGCGCGUGAAGAUCACCUUUGAGCGGGCGCCUGGUAGCUCAUGGACGGCCCUGAAUGAGAUUGAGCUGUACUGGAGCGAAGACCCUGAUGCUUCCGCGCAGACGCAGUAUGUGACGACGCACGGGUCCGCCUGGCUUGUGCCCGAGGACGACCAGCAGUUCCUCGACGAGGAGGACCACUACGUCUUCAACGAGACGCACGCGCACCGCCAAGGCAGCAUCAACAUGGAGGGUGCCGGCGCCAAGCUGACGACGCACCACAUUGAGGGCGACAACACCGGUGUCAUGGUGGUGCGCCCGCGGCAGCACGUGGACACAUCGCCCACGCACCGCGACCUCAGCAACAACACGGGCCUGCAGACGAAAUACUUCCCCUUCUCGCUGCUCGUGCGCGAUGAUGGGUCGUUCACCCCUCCGGAGCACGUGGCGUGCCGCAGCACGAACAUCACUGUCGAGGGCGACAUGGCCCUGCUGGAGCACCUGACAAUUGAGCGCGAUUGUUUCGUGCAUCUGCUUCGCGCCCAGGGCGAUGACCCCUUUGACAUCAGCAACAUCAACAUCAAGAUUGGCGGCCACUUGCAUCUCGAGUCGCAUCACGGCCACGUGGCAGAGCUGCAGGGACACAACCUGCACAUCUUCGCUGGCGGCAUCCUUGACACAAACGAUGCCCGCCUGUUCUUCGACGACGUGGAGGUUGAGCCCGAUGCGCGCAUCACCUUGGACGGCACAUCCUACCUGUCCCCAGACGGCAGUGGCCAUGGCAUCUUUGCUGGCGAGGGCGAAGGUGCCACGCAGCACUCCUCCUGCACGUACGGCCAGGCAUGCGGUAUUGGUGAUUCGGGCGGCGGCCACGGUGGCACCGGCGGGUAUGGCCUGGGCCAGCUCGUCGAGGUAGGCGAAGGCUACGGCGACUUCCGCCAGCCGCGCGAGUUUGGCUCGCGUGGCGGUGCAUCUGUGUUCCCGUACAUUGGUGGCGCCGGUGGCGGCCGCUUGCACCUCGUUGUCAACAAGACACUGCGCGUGGACGGUGAGAUCACGUCGCGCGGCGGUGAUUGGGUUUCGCCACGCUCUGGUGGCGGAUCUGGCGGCUCUUUGCUGAUCGAGACUGACAUUUUUGACGGUCAUGGCUUGCUUGAUGUCAGCGGCGGCGAGGGCUACGGCCCUGCAGGCACUGGCAUUCAGACCAUCCACGUUGCGGGCGAGUCUGGCGGUAAGUCUGUGCUUCUGGAGUGCCGCUAUGGCAUCCACGUCAUCACCGCCACGUACGGCGCCAACUGCGGUGCGGAGCCUGGCUCAGCCACGUCGCACGUGCGCGAGCUCUGCGACCAGUCGUGGUUCUGCGCGUACGAAGUGAGCCCCGUUGCUGUGGGCGAUCCAAACCCGGCAUGCAGGAAGGACUUUGACCUGCAGUACAAGUGCUCCUCGAUCGCCCAGGGCGGUGGUGGCAGUGGCGGGCGUCUUGCCGUGUACACCAACUACAACCACUAUAUUGGACAGAUGCUUGUGCAAGGUGGCACUGGCCCGCACGAGCCGGGCGCCUCUGGCACGGCGUACAUCCACAAGUACGAGGUGCUCAACUCCAACUCCUCUGUCGCUGCACUCAACCGCACGUUGUACGUGAACAACCUGGGCCUGCGUCCAGAGGGCGUUGUGCGGAACACCAGCGCCGACAUUGACAACACAAACAACGUGCCAUCUGUCACGUGGCUGUUCUUCGAGCGCGAUCAGGUUGAUGAGCUGGAGGAAAUUCACAUGUAUGGCGAAGCCGAUCUUGCCUUCUCCACUGCCUCUUUGGAUGGCGCCCUCACUCUGGACACAGACGUCCUCACCAGCGAUGCCACCGCACAACUUCACAUUGGCUACAACCAGCAUAUACUGUGUGUCAACAGGUCCAUUAUCAACUUCCAUCUCAGCGUGUACGCUGGUGGCAUGCUGAGUCUUGGCGGCAAGGCAGAGCUCACCGGUGUCACAGUGCGGUUGGAGGGUGUCCUCAACAACGUUGGCGACCUCAUCAUUGCGGACGGAUCUGAGCUGUACCUGCUUGAGCUGUACUACCCAGACUUUUCGUCUGCCACCAGCUUCACCUUUCGCACGAUCGAGGUGCGCAACUACGGCCUGCUGGAAAUUGGCGCGUCUCGCGACCGGCGCACGCUCGUUGGCGAUGUCGUGAUUGUCUCUGGUGGUGCCGCUGUGCGGUCCACCAACGCAGUCAUCAAGGCGAAGAACGUGACUGUCGAUGCGUACGGCACGAUCCACGCCAACUACCGCGGCUACGGCGCCGACGAGGGCCCGGGUGCUGGCCUCUUCGUGCGUGGCAGCCGAGGCAGCGCAACCGGCGGCAGUCACGGCGGCAAUGGCGGUCGCACGUACUACCGCCAGAUGACCUCCCCAACUCACGACAACUUCCUUGAUCCACAGGACUUUGGUAGCGGUGGCGGCCAGGCGCAGCACUCAGACUUUGUGUGCUCUGCUGGCCAGGGUGGCGGCUUCCUGCACGUCAUUGCUACCGAGCUGCUGACGCUCGAGGGCAGCAUUCAGGCCAACGGGUACAGCGGUAGUAUCACUGCUGACGGGUGCGGUGCCGGUGCUGGUGGCAGCAUCCAGGUUGAUGCGGGCGAGCUGAUUGGCUCUGGCGACAUCACCGCUGACGGUGGCAACGCCGUUGUGCUCUCGAACCGCGCAAAGUACGCUGGCGGCGCUGGCGGUGGCGGGCGUGUUCGCGUCUCUGUCGCCAACCGCAAGUACUUCCUUGGCACCAUGACCGCCCGUGGCGGCAGCGGUGCUUACGAGGACGCUGCAGCAGGCACGGUGAUGUUGUAUGACGUCAACGCGACAUCCAUCGCCGUGGACCCGCUCCAAGACGCGCAUAAGACGCUCAUCGUGAACAACCGCGGCAACCGCCCUGCGCUGCCGUAUGUGAACGCGUUGGAGGAGCUGAAGUUGUCGUAUGGCGAGCAGUUUGGGCAGCGCAAGUACACGCUGGCGAACGGUUUCGUGGUCACGUCUUCUGUGGACAUGCCAGACCUGUCUGCUCUCUUCCGACCCGGCGCCGUUGUUGUCCGCGACUUUUUGUCGUUCCAGAUCACGUUCACUACACCCGUGUAUGUGUACUAUCUGGACGUGCACUCUGGGUGCGAUUCACGCUAUCCAUCUUCCACGGAUGUCACAAUUGUCGGACGAAAGGGCUCCAUCACCAAGAAUGGCAUUCAAGGCGGGGCAUGCACAGGGACGCACCUGACACGCAUCUUUGUGAACGACACCCUGAGUCUUGUGUCUGUUUCAGUUCAAUCGACGCUUCCGCCCCUGCACAACCCGAAAUACGUGGCGCUUGAUCACAUAGCAAUCACAAAGGGUCAGGACGAGACAUACAAUGAGUACCCGGACACGGCGUGGGAUGCGGCACGCACGUGGAUUGAUUGGGAGGGCAUCACCGACACAAACAUUCACUUGGACGAGAUGCACGUGUUUGGUGGUGCAAGCAUCGCCCUGCGCAAAUCUGACAAGUACCCUAUCGCGCAAGAAUCUCUUGUCGUAGACAAAUUUGUGGGCGACCGGAGUGGGCAUGUCACGCUGUUUGAUGGCCAGUCGUUUGGUGCGCUCAGGCGGAAUGGCGACGACAACAUCCUGCCCAUGGGUAUCCGCACUUUCUCCACCAGCUCGACGCUGUAUCUUCCCGAUCACACCAUCGUCUAUGAUAAUGAUGUGGUGGUCAAGGGCGAGCUGCACGGCCUGCGCCAUUUGGAGGUGUCACGCAACAGCCAGUUCUGGCUCGCGCACAAGGAUGUGGCCGUGAACUCGCACACGCCUCGCCAGGUCAACAUGGCAAGCAUUCGCGUGCUGGAGAGCGGCGAGUUGGUGUAUGCCGGUGACGCCGCCGACAACGAACCGCUCAGCGUCAACCUCACGGCCUUCCCGGAUGAAUUCUACGGCAACACCAACCGCAGCUAUCAGGGCAGCUUCGUCGUGCAUGGCGGCGGCACAGCCCGCGUGAGCUGGAUGUCGCUGUACACCACCAACUUCACCGUGGAGGCUGCCGGCGUCUAUGAUGCCUCUGGUGGUGGAUGGACGGCUGGCCUCGGCCCCGGCGGCGGCACGUCAUCCGCUGGUGGUAGCCAUGGCGGUUCAGGCGGAUAUGCAUGCUCAAACGGCCGCUCAAAGGUGCCUGGGUACGGUAACUUUCUCGCUCCAGCGGACGUUGGCAGUGGCGGCGGCCCUGCUUCAGGAAUGCGCGGCGGUAGUGGUGGCGGUGCACUGCGUAUCGUUGCUCUCAACACUGUCGAGAUUGAUGGUGAAGUACGGGCCAAUGGUGCAGACGGCGGCUCGAAUGCUGGCGGUGGCGCUGGCGGCAGUGUUUACAUCAUCACACCAAUCAUCGAAGGUCUGGGUGCUCUAACUGCAAACGGUGGGAGCGGGACCGGCUCUUGUGGCUCUGGUGGUGGCGGUGGCCGCAUCGCGACGUACGCUACUGAAGAUUUUUUUGUUGGGAGCUUCGAGGCCCACGGCGGUAGCUUGCGCAUCGGUGGCGCCGGCACGAUCUUCCGCCAGAGUGGCAAUGAAACGUCUCGUUUCCGGCAGUUGAUGGUCAGCAAUGGCGACAUUGGGCUUGCCGUACCGGGUCUGGAAUUCACCAGCAGUGAUUACGGCCAUGCGUGGGUCAUUUUCGAUCGCGAUCCACUGACUGGAUCAUCGACGCUGAAGCUUGAUCUCCUUGAUAUUCAUGGGCAAGCGGCUGUUGGCGUGUGCUCAAGUGACGGGUCAGGCGUUGACAUGGCCGUGAGUAAGGUCCAGGGUGACCUGACUGGCCGCCUAAAAGUGUUUGACAACAGCCACUCCGAGAUUAAGGAAACACCUGUGCCAUUCCCAUUCUCACUCGCGUCAGGUACAGGAUCUGUGUUGAACCUGCCGUCAUAUGUGCACCUGGAGGGCCUGUCGUACAAUACAGUUGACAUUGGCGGCUCUCUUUCUGGCGUCUCUGAGCUUGAGGUAGCCAAACCCGUCACACUUGCCUUCAUCGACGAGCAUGUACGCACGCUUGAGCUCGAUGCACUCUACGUGAGCAACCUGGGCAAGGUGCAGGCACUGAGUGCCAUCACGACGGAGCCAAACCUGGACAUCAACGCUCGCGUGCUCCAUCUGCAGAGCGGUGGGUCGCUGGAGUCCAAGUGGCUGCGCGUCAACGCGUCUCGCUUCAUGAUGGACACGGGCGCGCAGCUCACGGCACACGGCCCCACGUACUCUGAGCUGGCCGACCUGCCAGACACCGUGCGCGCUACCAAUGUGUUUGGUGACGGGCACGGCUACAACUCCAACCAAGGUGGGAGCGGUGCCAGCCACGGCGGCCUUGCUGGUCGCAGCCAGGCCUUUGACCGCGUCGCCGCAGCCUACGGUUCAGCAUGGCGCCCGUCAAAGUUUGGCAGCGUUGGCGGCACCUCCAGCUCAGGCACGCCUGGCGCUGCCGGUGGUCUGGUGUACAUCAAAGCCAUUAACGCCACGCUUGAUGGGACCAUUGCUGCUGUUGGCGGUGCUGGAAGCGGCGCCUCUGGUGGCGGUUCUGGUGGUUCCAUCCUGAUUGAGGCGGAUGUCGUGACCGGCACGGGCACACUGGACGUGCGUGGCGGCGACGCCAGCAUGAACGACGGGGUGGACUACCUGAUCAACAACGGAAACACGCGCGUGCGCUGUGCGUCCAGCUUUGUUUACGACAACGAGGUGCAUGAGCAGUGUGUCCUGGACACGGACGGGCGCUGGUGCUCGACCACGAACAACUACGACACCGACAACAAGCGCGACGACUGCGUUGGCGGCGGUGCUGGCGGCGGUGGCCGCAUUGCCCUGUGGUAUGAGGACUACAGCUACGACGGUGAUGUGGUGACGCGCGGCGGGCAAGCACUCGCCGAGAACGGAGGCUCUGGUACGCUGUUGCUCCAUUCCGUGGGCACGAACCGUGACAUCAUUCGCGUAGACAACGGCAAUUUGGACGUGCUGGUGGACAUGGCGGCCGUGAACACGGAGGCCGGCGGCCCCGACCUUGAGCACGACGGUGCUCGCGCAGUGAUCAUGAGCGACAGCACCGCGGGCUCUGUCACCAUGUCGCUGUACCAGCUGGACGUACGUGGCGGGGCACACGUCGUGUUUGCGCCACAGCACCCAUCCCAGAUGGUGGCCGUGGAUGUCGAUGACCUCGAAGGCGACAGCACGGGCACGAUCCACGUUGCCCCCAAGCAGCGGCUUGACGCUGCGCUUGGCGACUCUGCGUUUGUGCCCGCCAACAUUGUCGUGCACGCGAACGGCGAAGCGUCGCUACCCGGGUAUGUGCAGCUGAACGACGUAGCGCUUGACAUUGCCGGCUCCGUGCUCGGCGUGGAGAAUGCCACGGUCGGCAACGCAGGUGUGCUGCGCCUGCGGCCUUCCGUGGACAACUUUGCCCUCGGGGAGCUGCACAUGACCGGUGGCAGCCUCCUCUCUGUGGAGACUGGUGGCCAGGGCUCCUCAUCCUCGGCCGCCACGUUCAAUGCCACGACAAUUCGCAUGAACGGCGGCUCGCGCCUCGAGGCGGACCUGCUCACCAUCUACACAACAGACAUGGUCGUGUCCCAGGGUGCUGUGCUGGACCUCUCUGGCGCGUCCGCUUCUGGGCCCGGUAACGGUGUUGCGUUCAGCAAGGGCGGAUCGGGUGCUGGCCACGCUGGCCGCGGUGGAUCCGUGGCCACGGUCGACACGGGCGCUUUCUACGGCGACGUUGUGCGCCCGCUGGAGGCCGGCAGCCGCGGUGGCGGCAGCUUUGGCGGCUACGGUGGCGGUGUGCUGCACAUCCGCGCUACAGGGGAGCUGCGCAUCGACGGCCAGGUCCUGUGCAACGGCGCCUCUCCGCAGGUGUCCCUCUCUGACGGCAGCGUUUCCGGCGGUGCUGGCAGCGGCGGCUCUGUGCUUCUCGAGGCGUGGACGGUCGUUGGCAGCGGCCUCAUCUCCGUGCGCGGCGGCGUUGGUCGCGGUUCUCAGAGCGGCGGUGGUUCUGGCGGGCGCGCUGCGGUGUACACGUCUGUUGGCCGCUCCUGCGCCAGCCUUGACGAGUGCCCUGGCAAUCAGUUCAUUGGCAGCCUUGACCUUCGUGGUGGGGCUGGGGCAAACGAGCCCGCGCCAUCCGGCACGUUCUACACCAUGGACGCGUACACGACCAAGACGUCACUCACCAUCAACAAUGGCGGGCAGGACGCCGACGGUACCAACGGCGUGUCUGAGUUUGUGGACUAUUCUGACAUCGAGCAUGACAAGGGCCGCACGUGGAUCACCAUCCCGGAACAGCCCAACGUCGCUGCGGUGACGCCGCUGGGUGAGGUUGUCGAUUACACGUUUGACACGCUGACCAUUCAUGGGUCUGCCCACCUUGCCAUGCAGCUGCCGUCCGGCACGGACACGCUGUUUGUGCGCGUUGUGGAGAUGGUUGGUGACGCUGAGCCAACAAACUACGGCCACCUGCAUGUCGCCCACAACCAGGUGUUUGAGAUUCAAAAGUCCAACGAGUACCUGCCGCUGCACCUGCGCGUGUACCGCGAUGGCGAGCUUCGUCUGCCCACGCGCGUCACGCUGCACAAGAACAGCUUGUACAACCGCGGCCGCGUCACCAGCCUGAGCGAGCUCACGGUCUCAGACUGCACAGUCACCAUGUACGAGGACGCGGCCAUUGUUCCGUCACCGUCUCAGGGCGGUGCGCAGAACCUGGUCGAGCUGUCACGACUGGUGCUGUCAGCCGGUGCCACAUGGCUGGCCACGGAUACGAUGAACACCACCACGUUCAAGGUGGAUGACCUGGAGCUGCAGGGAUACUCCGAGAUUCGCGUGCGCAACGCAACGAUUGCGUCGACAAAGGUCAACAUGCAUGUCGACAGCAUCAUCACGGCGGCGUCGCUCGGCUAUGCGCCAAACACGGGUCCGGGUACUGUGCAGGGCAACCGCUACGGCGCCUCGCAUGCCGGCUGCGGCGGCCGCGGCUCCACGUCUGUGACACGCUCGCAACCGUUUGGCUCCAUCUUCGCGCCCGUGACGAUGGGGCCUGGUGGAUCCACUGGGUCGCAAGGCCAGGCCGGCCGCGGUGGUGGCGCCGUUCGCAUCUCCGCGGACACCGUUCUGCUGGAGGGCCGCAUCGACGUUUCUGGCGAGAGCGUGUCUGUUGACGGCGGUGGCGGUGCUGGCGGCAGCCUGUGGAUUACCGCCACGACGCUGCACGGCUUUGGGUCCCUCGCAGCUGACGGCGGUGACGGCGGCGUGUACAACAACCUCCGCGGUGGCGGUGGUUCUGGUGGCAUCAUCUCACUCAGCUACGACGAGACACAGUCCCGCUUCUUCGGCACCAUCAGCGCUGUUGGUGGCGACGGCUUUGAGGUGGGCGCUGCAGGUAUCCUGUACACGGAACGCACCCAGGCGGAUGGCAACACGUACACCGUUCUUGAGCUGAACAAUGGCGGGCGCACGCCGUCAUCCUUCCCCGCACAGGCAGCAUUUGACUUUGACGACGUGUCACACAACCCAGCGUUCAGCUACCUCUCCUUUGGCGACGACACGCUUAACCUGCCUGGCACGGGUGCCUUUGUGUACUCGUUUGACGAGGUGCGUGUUGGCGAUGGCGCGCAGCUGGCCAUGUACCCCGCACCAGGGGAGCCCUCUGCCCUCACGGCAACGCACCUGCUGGGCACGGGCGGAACAGCACGCCUUGUGAUUGGCCGCGACCAGCGCGUGACGCUGCCGCCGGCCACGAGCGAGGACGAGGAGCGAGACAUCCGCCUUGACCUCUUCCUGCAGGAGGGCAGCAUUGCCGACCUGCCCGCAACCGUGGAGCUGCGCGCAACCAUGGUCUCGCAGGGCCAGCUCAACGGGCUCGAGCACCUGCUCGUGGGCAAGGACGGCAAGUGGAACAUCACAUCCUCCGGGUACACAUCAGGUCAGACAGUGCCUGGCACCUACGCCAUGCGGAACGUGACGGUGCUGUACACGGGUGUGGUGAAGUCACUCUCGCCUUUAAGCACACGUCUCGUCGUCGAUUCCUUGAACGUGCACUACAACGCGUCAUACGACUUUGCCGGCAUCCCUGAGCCUGCACGCGACGCUCCAAACGUCAAUGUGGAGAAAGCCGGGCGUGUUGAGGGCAGCACGUGCUUCUGGCACCCCGUCACUCAGACCUGCGGCUGCCAGGACCAGCCCAUCGACGACUUCAACUCGGAGACGGAGUGCCCCGAACGGCCCGAGCGCUACUGCGAGAAGGGCCCAGACUGUGACGACUUCUUUGCGGACGUGUGCCGCGAGUCCAACUGCACAGCCGCAGAGCGAUUCCAGCAUACUUGCAAGGAGGAUCCCGUGUACGACCCCGUGUUCUCGUAUGACUGGCAGCCUCGCACGUGCGACCAGCAAACCAACCGUGACGACUGCGUGUCGUCGAAAUGCUACCAGUACUUCAACAACCAGCCGUGCCCAACGGGCGUCAAGUUACACCACAACGAGUCGUAUGUGGUCUACAACCCGUGCCGCGAGGGCGAGCUCAUUGUGGACGAGCGCAAUGUGUCGCACACGACAUACUACAACAAGCUGAUUACGGAGGAGAAGCAUGAUAUUCGCUCUCUGCCGUACAACGUGACGGUUGUCAACAACACUGCGUACGCGCUUGUGCUGGGCGGGUGUCGGUUUGCACAGGAUCUCGAGCUGUACCUGGCAGGAGAACUGUCAGCCAACUCCAGCUCGCCUUACGCUGGACUGCUGUUCAACUUGACCAUGAGCAACAUGACCGACUCCAUGCUUGGCAACAGCACGACAGGCAACAACAGCACGGCAGGCAACAGUACGGCCGGCAUUGACUUGACAACAGGCUAUCCGUGGCCGAUGGUGCUUGGGCCUCGGGCCCAGUAUCUCAACCACAGCAGCGAGGCAACGUGUGUUGAUGAUCUCGAGUCGUGGUACACGUACACAGAGACGCGCAUCCACAACCAGACGUACUUUUGGAACGAAACGACAGUCGAGCGCGUGUACUACACGUACUGGAACAUCACCUAUGCCAUCUCAUGCGACUACCGCACAGGCUUCACCCUCUCACCAGGCGAAAACUGCUUCCUGGAGCCGGGCGAACACGAGUACGACCGCCUUGAGCUGCAGGGCAACUCGUACAUCACCGUGCAGCACGACGCAACCACGCCCACGGUGGUUCGCGUCAGGGACCUGAUCACCCGCGGCGGCUCACGUAUCCUCACCAACGGCGUUGCGUCCAACCCCAAGGGCACGCCGACCACAGCUGGCCGUGGUGGCUUCCAUGGCGGCUUUACCCAACACGACGAUGACGUGUACGGUGCUGUGACCGCGCCCUCUGAGGCUGGCGGUGCUGGCGCCGGCGACGGCGGCCUUGGUGGCGGUGUGGUCCGUCUGAUUGUGGGCGAAAAAAUGACGCACGACGGGACCAUCCAGGCAAACGGCGCCUCGGGCACGGGAUAUCCGCUGGCAGCUGGCGGUGGUGCGGGUGGUUCGGUUUGGAUCACCACACCAAAGUUCCACGGCAUUACAGGUGUCAUAGAGGCCAAUGGCGGCAAAGGCCGGAACGGCGGUUAUGGCGGCUCUGGCGGCCGCAUUGCCGUUGAAGUCACCACCAACAACGAGUACCGCUUUGAGGGCACCCUGACUGCAUAUGGUGGUGGCAACGGUGCUGGGCCUGGUACGGUGUUCCUGCGUGAUCAAGUUGACGGCAUGUGGCGCGAGCGCGUGACCAUUGCUGGUGAAGGCUCAACAACGCUGCGUGAUCCCGAUUACAGCCGUGAUGUCGCUGUGGAGGAGCUUGUCGUGAGUGGCGGCGCCACCUUCAUUGUGCAGCCAAACGCAGUCAUCACGGCGGCGACUCUGAAGGGCGACCGCGCCGGUUCCGUUGACUUGAGGGACAACAGUCGCUUCACAGUGGACUACUUUGAGGACGCGCUCUGCAACACCAACUUCAAGGUGGGCACGGGUGCUGUGCUUGACCUGGUCAACACGACGCUGUUGCUGGGCACGCGCAACCCCGCUUUGGAGGUGUAUGGCCAGGUUCUUGGCCCGUACCUCAGUCUUGGUCCAAACACACGCGCAGUUGUGCACGACGGCGCCCAGUUGGAUACGCUUGCUGUUGUGGUUGGCAAGUCGGCACGGCUUCAGCUUGAUGAAGGCGCGGUCGUCGGUACUGACGGUGAUGCCACCACUUACGUGUUGGACUCUCUGGUGCUUCAGGAUGACUCCGUCAUGCGACUGGGCACGGCCCACCCCAUUCUGCGCAUCGGCUACUUCCAAAUGGGCUACAACGCGCUGCUGGACACGCCCGACUCAGGCACACGCAACUUCACGUUCAUCUGCGACAACGCUUUCCUCGGCAACGGCGCCAACAUCGGCGACAUACGGAGGAACCUAUUACCCCAGGGCUGA